CUUAGGGCAUCUCCAGCAGAAUUAUAGUUGUAGAUGCAUUUGUUAUGACAGUUAUAAAUUUUUGUUGGUCAAAAAUUUGUAACUCACCGUCGACUCUUCAGCAGCAGUUCUAAAUGAUAUUAUAUAUAUAGAAUUGCGUUUGUGUGCGUGCUUCAGAUUGUCAAUCAGUUCGUGUAAACAAAUCAAACGCUGCGAAAAUGUCCGACGAUUGGUAUGAAAGUGUAACCGGAGAGUUCGAAGAUCCCGGGAUAGAAAUGGACUUGUUUCUAGAGAUAAUUGAAGGUAAGUUUAUCAAUUCCAAAAAUAUACUGUCCCAUUGAAGACCAUUUGAUUCCAUUUUUUGCAGACAACUCUGGUAAGGCUGCGAGUCAGCGUCGAGGAUCACUUCCUGGGCGUCGUAAUAUUGCGCGAAACUUUGUUCUAGGGCAUGAAAUGCUCAUGGACCACUAUUUCUCCCCGCAAUCCGUCUAUCCAGAAAAUUUAUUCGAAAGAAGGUUCCGGAUGCCAAAACGUAUGUUUUUGCGCAUCUUGGAGGACAUCACAGCCGCCAACGACUAUUUUAAGCUGAAGUGCAAUGCUGCUGGAAAGCCUGGGCUGUCCGGUAUCCAAAAGUGCGCAGCAGCCAUCCGUCAACUAGCCUACGGAACUGCUUCCGAUGCUACUGACGAAUAUAUUCAAAUCGGUGAAUCGACAGCCAACGAGGCUAUGAAGGAGUUUUGCCGCACGCUACUCAAACUAUACCGUGAAAUUUUUUUGCGUCCACCGAACCAAAGCCAAAAGGCUGCAUUAGAAGAAGAAAACGCGAGCCGGGGGUUCCCUGGAAUGAUUGGCAGUAUCGACUGCAUGCAUUGGGAGUGGAAGAACUGCCCAGUUGCCCUAAAAGGCCAAUACCAGGGCAAAGAAGGCAAAGCAACGGUUGUACUAGAGGCAGUGGCGAGCUAUAAUUGUCGGAUCUGGUAUUGUAAUUUCGGAGCUGCGGGAAGUUGCAACGACAUUAACAUACUAGACAAUUCACCACUAUUAGAUGAAAUAAUACAUAACGGUAUGUUGGACCUGACGUACGAAGUGAACGGUAAAACGCGUGAAAGGGGAUAUCUUCUAGGAGAUGGAAUUUAUCCCGACUGGUCUUGUUUCGUCAAAACAAUAUCGCAUCCAUCUAACGCGAAGGAGCAGCAUUUUGCAACGGUUCAGGAAUCUGUAAGAAAAGACGUGGAACGGUGUUUCAGUCUUCUGACCAAUACCUGGCAAAUUACAAAGCAGCCGUGUCGUUUGUGGGAUUUGCAAACCAUGAUACUCGUGAUGGAAGCUUGUAUAAUUUUGCACAAUAUGCGCAUUGAAUACAACGAACACGAAGAGGUGGUUUUUCGACAAAAUUCCAAUGAGCGUGAGCCGAAGACCUUCACACAGUAUUGUGAAAUUCGUGCAAAAAUUAAAUGUGCUACAGAAAACGCAGCUCUGAGAAAGGAUCUGAUAGACCACCUAUGGCAUGUACGUGGUGAACAAUAAGCAGUGCAAGUUAAAAUAGAAGAAGAGAGAAAUAUAGAGUAUAUUGUCACAAUAAAAUAAGAAAAAUAAACAGCUAUCCAUUUCUGAA